AUGGCCAGCUCGGCUUCCCUGGAGACCAUGGUGCCCCCGGCCACCUCCAAGACGCUGGCCUUCUCCAUCGAGCGCAUCAUGGCCAAGACAUCGGAGCCCCGCGUACCCCUGGAGCCCCGGCCGGGGGCGCUGGAGGCGGACGGCGGCCCAGGCAAGAAACUACUCAACCUCUGCUCGCCGCUGCCCUGCAUGAUCCCCCUGCAGCCCUUGGGCUACGACGUGCCGUCCAAGACUCUACUCAGCUACUCAGAGCUCUGGAAAAGCAGUCUCCGGGCGGGCGGCGGCGGUGGUGGUGGUGGUGGCGGCGGCGGCGGCGGCGGCGGGGGGGCCCAGGUGUGCGGCGCCAGCGGCGUGUGUAAAACCAACUGUGGCUUGUGCUGCAAGGCCGAGCUGGGCCUCGCGCCGGCUGCGCUGCCCGCGGGCAGGGUCAUCAAGCCGCAGGUCAUCAACCAGGCGGUGGGGCUGCCGGCCAGUGGCUCGCUCUACUACUUCAACUACCUGGACUCCACGGCGUACCCGCCUUCUGACCUCCUAGGAGGCCAUCUCUUCCCGUCUGGCCUCCUCAACGCGCAGGCCCCCACAGCCCUGGCCGCGCACCCCAAGCUCUUUCUGCUGGAGAACGCCAAGCUGGCCGGCCUGGCCGCGGACAAGUUCCAUCCGGCUCCCUAUGCACACAAGGAGCGUCUUCCGGCGCCGCUGGAACAGGUGCUCAAGGAGAACUCUGGCCUGACCGCCGAGCGCGGGGGCGUCAAGGGCCACAGCAAGCUACCCGGGGGCUCUGCGGACGGCAAACCCAAGAACUUCACCUGCGAGGUGUGCGGCAAGGUGUUUAAUGCCCACUAUAACCUCACUCGCCACAUGCCUGUCCACACCGGAGCCAGACCCUUCGUGUGCAAAGUCUGCGGUAAAGGCUUUCGCCAAGCCAGCACGCUCUGCAGACACAAAAUUAUCCACACCCAGGAAAAGCCGCACAAAUGCAACCAGUGCGGCAAAGCCUUCAACCGCAGCUCCACGCUCAAUACGCAUAUCCGCAUCCACGCAGGCUACAAGCCUUUCGUCUGCGAAUUUUGCGGCAAAGGCUUUCACCAAAAAGGAAACUACAAGAACCACAAGCUGACCCACAGCGGCGAGAAGCAGUACAAAUGUACCAUCUGCAACAAGGCCUUCCACCAGGUCUACAAUCUGACCUUCCACAUGCACACUCACAACGACAAGAAACCUUUCACGUGUGCCACUUGCGGCAAAGGCUUUUGCAGAAACUUUGACUUAAAGAAACAUGUGCGCAAGCUCCACGACAGCGUGGGCCCCGCCGCUCCCUCCGCAAAGGACCUGACCAGGACAGUGCAGAGCUGA